CAGAAUAUAGUCGGUGUACAAGUUUGUGUCGUUAACAUUGUGAACUACUUUUUUUUAUUUUAAAAAUAAAUCAUGGCUAAGUUCGCAAUCAUAACUCUAGCGUUAGUAGCAGCAAUGGCGAUAUCAGGCUCUGCCACACCCUACGGUGGAUACGGGGGUUACGGCGGCUACGGAGGAUACGGAGGAUAUGGACACCACGACCAUUACCAUCACGACCAUCAUGACCACCACGACUACCAUCACGGACACCACGAUUACGAACACAAGGAGAAACCUAAAACUACGGAAGCGCCUACGACAACAACAACCACUACAACUACGACCACCACUACCCCUCCUCCCCCUCCCCCUCCCCCGAUGGAGCAGCACAAUGACUUUGCCCAGAUCUUUGGCCAAGGUUUUGAACAGCAAACCAGUUUCAAUGCCCAGGCUUCAGCCAGUGGGGAACUAGGCUUCAGUCAAACACAAGGUGCCAAAGCUGCUGAAGAAACCCAAACUCAGAAGCCCUACAAAGAACACAAGGAACACGGACACUACGGCCACGGCUACGGACAUGGCUACCACGGAUACCAUGGUUACGGGCACUAUUAAGGCUAUUUAUUUUAUGUAAUGUAAGAAUUAAAUAUUUAUUAUUC